GGAUUGACAAAUUAAGUCGAAAAUUAAACUUUUAGGAAGAACACAAGCAUAAGCAGAUCUCGAUUGAUACUAAUUUCCAAAGUAUUUCAAAUUCUCAUGACUUCGCAUUGAUUUCAACCAAACACAGACAUCGCAUUUCACGGAUCUGAAAAACCCUAAGAAGGACUUUGAUGUCAGCUUCCCAAACACUCGGCGGCCCGUCGCGGUGCGGCCGCGUGCUUGGCCCAUCUCUCGACAAGAUCAUCAAAAAUGCCGCCUGGCGGAAACACUCUCACCUUGUUUCCUCAUGCAAAUCCGUUCUAGACAAGCUUGAGACUCUCCCCGACACCGCCUUACCUGAUCCGUCUUCUCCUUUGCUCGGCCUUUCCUCUUCCGACGCCGACUUCGUUCUCAAUCCUAUCCUACUCGCUCUCGACUCCAAUUAUGCCAAAGUCGCCGAUCCCGCCCUCGAAUGUGUCUUCAAAUUGUUCUCUGCCGGCGUUGUUCGCGGCGAGAUCGACGGAAAAAACUCCGAUUCGAUCAUGUACAAGAUUGUCGAUAGUGUAUGCAAAGUCGGCGGCAUUGGCGAGGAAUCAGUCGAGCUCGCUGUGCUUCGAGCUUUACUUUCCGCCGUUCGAUGUCCCUGUGUUUUGAUCCGUGGGGAUUGCUUGCUUCAGGUAGUUAGAACUUUGUACAACAUAUAUUUAGGUGGAUUAAAUGGAACCAAUCAGAUCUGUGCUAAGUCCGUUUUAGCUCAAAUUAUGCUCAUCAUAUUCGCCCGUGCUGACGAAGACUCCAUGGAUGUUUCUAUUACAACAGUGACAGUUAGUGAGCUUUUAGAGUUUACUGAUAAGAACUUAAAUGAAGGGAAUUCAAUCUAUUUUUGUCAGAAUUUCGUUAGUGAGGUUAUGAGUGCUAGUGAAGGGGUACCAGAUUUGAAGCUUUCGCAGCCUGUUCCAGUGUCGCUAAAUGGUGAGUCUAAGGACGAGGGGGAGGAAAUUGGGUCGGAAAAGAUGAAGGACGAGGUGGAAUUGUGUCCUGGUGGGAUUAGUAGUAAAAUUAGGGAGGAUGGGUUUAUUGUUUUUAAGAAUUUGUGCAAGUUAUCAAUGAAAUUUUCAUCCCAGGAGAAUCCUGAUGAUCAGGUUCUUUUGAGAGGGAAGACAUUAUCUUUGGAACUUCUCAAGGUUAUUAUGGAUAAUGGGGGUUCAAUUUGGUGCUCAAAUGAGAGGUUUCUUAAUGCAAUUAAGCAAUUUCUCUGCUUAUCAUUGUUAAAAAACAGUGCAUUGUCAGUGAUGUCCAUUUUUCAGCUCCAAUGUUCUAUUUUUAUGAGCUUGUUGACAAAAUAUAGAUCAGGGCUGAAAGCUGAAAUUGGAAUAUUCUUUCCCAUGCUAAUCCUACGAGUUCUAGAGAAUGUUCUCCAGCCAAGUUUUGUACAGAAAAUGACCGUCCUUAAUAUGUUGGAAAAGAUUGCUGGAGAUUCACAGAUUAUCAUUGAUAUAUUUGUGAACUACGACUGUGAUGUGGAUUCACCUAAUAUAUUUGAAAGGAUUGUCAAUGGCCUUCUGAAAACUGCUCUAGGGCCACCACCGGGUUCAACCACAACUUUGUCUGCAGUCCAGGAUAUUACUUUCCGGCAUGAAUCAGUGAAGUGCUUAGUUGGCAUCAUCAAGUCAAUGGGAGCUUGGAUGGACCAACAGCUGAAGAUAGGUGAUUCUGAUUUGCCUAGUGGCUCUGAGAGUGAAACUUCAGCUGAGAGCCAUUUAACCCCAAGUGCAGAAGAUGGAGUUGUCCCUGAUUAUGAAUUAAAUCUGGAAUUAAAUUCCGAAUUGUCAGAUUCUGCUACUCUUGAGCAACGCCGGGCUUACAAGAUUGAACUCCAGAAAGGAGUCCAAUUGUUUAACAAGAAGCCAUCCAAAGGCAUCGAGUUUCUUAUAAAAACCAAAAAAGUUGGCAAGUCUCCUGAGGAAGUGGCUUCUUUUCUUAAGAAAAACACUGCUGGGCUGAAUGAAACCAUGAUUGGUGAUUAUUUGGGUGAAAGGGAGGAAUUUGCUUUGAGAGUCAUGCAUGCCUACGUAGAUUCCUUUAAUUUCAAAUCUAUAGAUUUUGGUGAAGCAAUAAGGUUCUUCCUAAGUGGCUUCAGGUUGCCAGGAGAGGCACAGAAAAUUGACCGCAUCAUGGAAAAGUUUGCUGAGCGCUAUUGUAAAUGCAAUCCAAACUCAUUUACUAGUGCAGAUACUGCUUAUGUACUGGCAUACUCUGUCAUAAUGCUCAACACUGAUGCCCAUAAUAGCAUGGUCAAAGAUAAGAUGACUAAGUCUGAUUUCAUCCGAAACAACCGAGGAAUAGAUGAUGGCAAGGAUUUACCUGAGGAGUAUCUUGGUGCUCUUUAUGAUCAGAUUGUGAAAAAUGAAAUUAAGAUAAAUGCUGAUUCUUCUGUUCCUCAAAGCAAGCAGGCGAACAGCUUAAAUAAGUUAUUGGGUUUAGAUGGAAUACUCAAUCUCGUCAGUUGGAAGCAAACUGAAGAAAAGCCAUUGGGUGCGAAUGGACUUCUUAUUAGACAUAUCCAAGAGCAGUUUAAGGCAAAGUUGGGAAAAUCAGAGUCUGUUUAUCAUGCUGUUUCAGAUAUAGCAAUCUUGAGGUUUAUGGUGGAGGUCUGCUGGGGACCCAUGCUGGCUGCAUUUAGUGUCUCACUUGACCAGAGUGAUGAUAGACUCACUACCACUCAGUGCAUACUGGGCUUUCGAUAUGCUGUGCAUGUAACUGCAGUAAUGGGCUUGCAGACGCAGAGAGAUGCUUUUGUCACAUCUGUGGCGAAAUUCACUUUUCUCCAUUGUGCUGCAGAUAUGAAACAAAAGAAUGUUGAUGCUGUAAAGGCAAUAAUAUCUAUAGCCAUUGAAGAUGGUAACCAUCUUCAGGAAGCCUGGGAGCAUAUAUUGACAUGCCUGUCCAGAAUUGAGCAUUUGCAACUGUUGGGAGAAGGUGCAACGACUGAUGCAUCCUUUUUAUCUGUGUCUAACACUGAACAAUCUCUGAUGAAAAAAGGAACUCUCCAGAAUCCAGCUGUGAUGGCAGUUGUCCUAGGGGGUUCAUAUGAUAGCACCACUGUUGGAGUUAAUAGUUCAAGACUUGUAACUCCGGAGCAGAUCAACCACUUCAUUGCAAACUUGAAUUUAUUGGACCAGAUAGGAAAUUUCGAGUUGAACCAUGUUUUUGCACAUAGCCAAAGGUUAAACAGUGAAGCAAUAGUGGCAUUUGUGAAAGCCCUCUGCAAAGUUUCUAUGUCAGAAUUGCAGUCUCCAACAGACCCUCGUGUUUUUAGCCUCAUAAAACUAGUUGAAAUUGCGCAUUACAAUAUGAACCGUAUCAGAUUAGUUUGGUCUCGAAUGUGGAAUGUUCUUUCCGAUUUCUUUGUUUCAGUUGGAUUGUCUGAGAAUUUAUCUGUAGCAAUUUUUGUGAUGGAUUCAUUGCGGCAGCUUGCUAUGAAGUUCUUAGAACGUGAGGAAUUGGCAAACUAUAAUUUUCAGAAUCGAUUUUUGAGGCCAUUUGUGAUUAUCAUGCAGAAAAGCAACUCUGCAGAAAUAAGGGAAUUAAUAGUUCGAUGCAUUUCCCAGAUGGUCCUUAGCCGUGUCACUAAUGUGAAAUCUGGAUGGAAAAGCGUUUUUAUGGUGUUCACAGCUGCUGCUGCUGAUGAGCGGAAGAAUAUUGUCUUAUUGGCUUUUGAGACAAUGGAAAAAAUAGUGCGAGAAUACUUUCCUCAUAUAACUGAGACGGAUGCGACCGUUUUUACUGAUUGCGUAAGAUGCCUCAUCAAGUUCACAAAUAGCAGGUUUAACAAUGAUGCUAGCCUCAAUGCUAUUGCAUUUCUCCGGUUUUGUGCCGUCAAACUUGCUGAGGGUGGAUUUGUUUGCACUAAUAAGAGCUCAGAUGAUGGUUCAUCUGUUUCAAGUAUAAAUAAGGAUGAUUCAGAUGUAAAAGGUUUCGCUUAUAUAGACGAUCAUGGAUCAUAUUGGCUUCCUUUGCUAACAGGUUUAUCAAAACUAACAUCUGACUCAAGAUUAGAUAUCCGAAAGAGUUCAGUGGAAGUGCUUUUCAACAUCCUGAAGGAUCACGGUCAUCUUUUCUCACGAGUAUUCUGGGUUGGCAUUUUUAAUUCUGUUGUUCUCCCCAUAUUUAAUGGUGUAUGUGGAAGGAGAGAUAUGCCUGUAAAAGAUGAGCAAAAUUCACAGACUUUAAGAUGUUCUCAUCAUGAUGGAAGUACAUGGGACACUGAAACUUCCACGGUGGCAGCACAGUGUCUAGUGGAUCUAUAUAUUGGUUUUUACAGUGUAUUGAGGCCCCAGCUAUCAAAUGUGUUAUCAGUACUGACAGGAUACUUGAGAAGCUCAAUACAGGGUCCGGCAAGCACUGGGGUUGUGGCAAUGUUCCGUUUGAUAGGAGAAUUAGGAAGCAGACUCUCAGAAGACGAAUGGCGAGAAAUCUGUCUGGCUAUAAAAGAAGCAGCCAUAUCAAUGUUCCCAGGGUUUAUGAAGCUUUUGAGAACCAUGGAUGACAUCGAGGUGCCUGAAAAUUCUCCAUCCCGUUCUAGUACUGAAGCAAGUACUGAUCAUGGAUUUACCGAUCAUGAGCUUGAGGACGUUAAUCUGCAAACUGCGGGUUACGUGGUUUCAAAAAUGAAGAGUCAUAUUGCCAUACAGCUGCUCAUUAUGCAGGUUAUAAUUGACAUGUACAAAACAAAUCUACAAUUCUUGUCAGCUGCCAACAUCAACAUCAUUGUCGACAUAGUGUCUUCCGUUGCAUCCCAUGCUCAGGAACUGAACUCUGAGACUACCCUGCGGAAGAAAAUACAGAAAGCGUGUUCAAUCUUAGAGCUCUCGGAUCCUCCUUUGGUUCACUUCGAAAAUGAGGCUUAUCAAAAUUACCUCAAUUUCCUCCAAGAUUUAAUCAAAAACAAUCCAUCCGAUGUCGAGAAGAUGAACCUAGAAUCACAACUCGUGGCAGUGUGUGAAAAAAUAUUGCAGAUAUACCUCAACUGUACCAUCAACCAGAAUACGGUACAGAUAUCAGUUAACGAGCCAACGUCCCGUUGGGUACUGCCGUUGGGUUCAGCCAAAAGGGAAGAAUUGGCAGCAAGAACAUCUUUACUUGUGUCAGCAUUGAAGACAUUGAGUGGUUUGGAGAAGGAUCGCUUUAGAAAAUACAUUGCAAGUUUCUUUCAUCUGUUAGUCGCUCUGAUACGGUGCGAGCAUAGCUCCAGCGAAGUUCAACGUGUUCUAAGCGACUUAUUCCAGUCAUCUAUAGGUCCAAUAAUAAAGCAAUAACACCUGCAAAUACAUAUAGAUGUAUAUGUAUACGUAUAUGUCAUCAUUAUAUAACAGUUUUUGUACCAUAUUCUGAAUUUUGCCUUCUCUUUUUGAAUUUUUUUUUUCAAAAGAAGAUGAGUGUAUAAUGUUAAAUUUACAUCCUGGUUAUAUGUAUUGUUCAAAUUGGAAGUUUCCCUUAUGGUA